UUUUGUGUAGACCUAUUUAAUAUAUAUAUAUAUAUAUGUAUAUAUAUAUAUAUAUAUAUAUAAAACCAUACCCAGUAUAUCAGUAGCCUACUGAUAACUCAGCAAAUAAUUGUAAUUUGAUGUUUUUCAUUAUGCAGGUUUUUGAUCAACUCAAGCAAGUGAAUUUUACUAAAAAUAAUUAUUCUGUUUCAUUUGAUUCCAAUGGAGACCCUGUGGCCACCUAUGAACUUGUGAAUUGGCAGCUUCAAGGAGACGGUUCAAUUGAUUUUGUGACAGUGGGUCAAUAUGAUGCAUCCCAGCCUAAAGGCCAAGAAUUCGGUCUGAGCAAAGAUAUAAUUUGGUUUGAUGGCAGUGAAAAGGUGCCUGUGUCUGUGUGCAGUAAGAGCUGUCCUCCAGGUACUAGGAAGGCUGUGCAAAAAGGAAGACCUGUCUGCUGUUAUGACUGCAUUAACUGUGCAGAAGGAGAAAUCAGCAAUGAGACAGAUUCUUUAGAAUGCCAAAAAUGCCUGCCUGAGUACUGGCCUAAUAAUGAGAAGGACAAGUGCCUUCUUAAACCAGUGGAGUUUCUCUACUGGGAUGAGAUCCUUGGGAUUAUCCUGGCUGCUUUCUCUGUUAUUGGCUCUUUAGUGGCUUUGAGCAUUACUCUACUCUUCUACAAAAACAGGGCAUCUCCGAUAGUAAGAGCCAACAACUCAGAACUGAGCUUCCUGCUGCUCUUCUCAUUGACUCUGUGUUUCCUCUGUUCACUUACUUUCAUUGGUCGGCCCACUGAGUGGUCCUGUAUGUUGCGUCACACAGCGUUCGGGAUAACUUUCGUCCUCUGUAUCUCCUGUGUUCUGGGGAAAACAAUAGUGGUGUUAAUGGCCUUCAAAGCUACACUUCCAGGAAGUAAUGUUAUGAAAUGGUUUGGGCCUCAUCAACAGAGACUCAGUGUUUUUGCUUUCACUCUUGUACAGGUUCUUAUAUGUGUACUUUGGUUAACAAUAUCCCCACCUUUUCCCUACAAUAACAUGCAACACUACAAAGAAAAGAUAAUUCUUGAAUGCAGUUUUGGAUCAGCUAUUGGUUUCUGGGCUGUACUGGGUUAUAUUGGCCUCCUAGCUUUCCUUUGCUUUGUUUUAGCUUUUCUUGCCCGAAAACUGCCUGAUAAUUUCAAUGAGGCUAAAUUCAUCACAUUCAGUAUGCUCAUAUUUUGUGCUGUUUGGAUCACCUUUAUUCCAGCUUAUGUCAGCUCUCCAGGGAAAUUUACUGUAGCUGUAGAGAUUUUUGCUAUUUUAGCUUCAAGCUUUAGUCUGAUUCUCUGUAUUUUUGCUCCUAAGUGUUUCAUUAUUGUCUUUAGACCAGAGCAGAAUACCAAAAAACAUUUAAUGGGUAAAGUACCAUCAAAAUCCCUUUGAGACAAAUAUUUUACAUGUUUGUGCUAUAUGUGCAAAAAAAAAAAAAAAAAAAAAAAGAUACACACAAUAAAUAUUCUUUGGUAUAGUUUUAUGCUUACAAAUGUUGGCCUAACAGAUGAUGUGUAGUAUAUUCACAACUUGUGUAGUUCAUUAAUGCUACUAUAUUUUAACAUAUUUCUUGUUAAGACAUAAAAAUAAAACCUUUUUUUUUUCCUCAUUUAACAUUGCUUAAUAUUUCACUGCUACCCAUUCUUACUCCUAAGAACUCUGUGCAUUACUAUACAGCAGGGGUUGGCAACCUAUGGCCGUGUUUCUCAUCCGGCGGGUCGCAACCAAAAGUGGGUCGCAAGAGUGUGUUGUGAAGUGUGUAAUCAAAGAAAC